GUCACUCACCAGCGACUCAGAGGCCGUUUCGCACCAGCAUGUUAGCAGCGUGAAUGUUGUCAAGUUGAUCACAAAGUUGGGUGUUCACACCUAUUUUCUAUCAGACAGUCUCCAGAAUGGCCUCUAAACGACUGUCAGAAGAGUGUGGCAAAGUGGGGGAUAAGAAAAAGAAAAAGAAGAGUUGUGUGGAAAGAGCUGAACUUUGUGCAGUUCUGGAGGAAGAGCAGGUGAAAAAGUCCGUGAAGGAGGCAUGGAGCCAGAGGAGUCCCUUCAAACAGGGUUAGUGAUUAAACAAACAGCAGUAUCACUUUCUCUUUAUCUCGGUAACUCGUUGGCCUGUUUCUUUUCCUCGUUGCUUUGUCAUUAUUUUGAAUUGUUAUACAUCCACUUUAGAUGGAGAGAUUGUUUUGUUUCUGUCCUGCAGGAAAUCUGGAGCUGGACUGUCAUCCUUUCCCUCACUGCAUUAUCAGGAAUUUCCUGAGCAGCCAGACUUUUGUUGACAAUCUGCAGAAAGAACUACUGGGACUUAACUUCCAUGAGAAAUCAAAUGAUCUGUACAAGUUUAAACAGGUGUGUAUCCAAGUAAACCAUUUACUGAUGCUCUUCUGAAGGCUUGCAUUGUUGUGGUAACUUUUGUUAUUGUUCUUUUUUAGUCAGAUGACUUGAAGAAGAGAACUGAGCCACAUAUUGCAGGACUGAGGUAAAGAAACAUGGACAUUCUUUUUCUUUUGAGACAGGUGAUGCAUGGUGCUGUGAGUUUUUCUUUUGAUCAGAUUGCAGAGACAGAGGACGUGAGGUUUUGGCCAUUUGAGCAGCGAUCAUAGUGUGUGACCUAAGAGGAAUUUGAAUUUGAAUUUAUUGAAGGGUAGCCCCAUUGAGAUGUAGUAUCUCAUUUUCAAGGGGGUCCCUAAACAAACAUACAUAGAACUCAGGACACAUUGAAAUACAUUAACAUACAUAAAAUAUAACAAAUACAGACAUCUUGCUCACCUGACUCCCACACACAACCCCAACCAACAUACGCAUAACAUAAAAAGAUGACAAAAUUUAUUAUCAAGGAAAAAUAAUGUGAACAUGAAUGCAAAAAAGUAAAGAAAAUAAAUCAAAAACUUGAGCAAUUUUUUUGAGAUGAGAGAGUAUAAUGCCAUUCUGAAGUGAUAAAAAGAAGUAAUAGAACACAAAGAAAGAGGUGCGUUAUUCCAAUCUGAUGGGGCUUUCUACUGAAAUGAUUUUUUGCCAAGAUGAAGAUAGGAACAAAGAAAAAUGGGUAGUUCAUAUGUCUAAGAGAGUAUGGGGAGUUUAUUGGAAUAAAGAGCUCUUUUAAAUAUGAAGGGCAAUGGAGAUAAAUACAUUUAAAAAGGAAAUGAAGCCAAUGAAAUUGCUGUGUUGAUUUGGGUUGUAGCUAGUUCAGUGAGUCAAACAUAAAGCAGUGAUGUGUUCUAAAAGGACAUCUCAAAACAAAUCUACAUAAGGAGUUAAAUAAUACAGCCAGGGGUUUGAGAUGAGAGUCUGAAGUAUUUUAAUGAACUAUAUCAGCAUAAUAAACAAGUGGUAAUAUCAGUUGUGAUAUUAGUUUUAGGAGAAUAAACAUGCUAUUACACGAGACAGCCUAUUCUGUGUUUCAGAGAUAACCUAAAUAGAUGAUUUGUAAUAUAUUCAGCUGAUUCACUUCCAGCCCUGUUCAUCUGUUUUGUUUAUCUUUUUUGUCCUCAUUACUGAUCUUAGCGUUUUCUUCCAAAAGCUGAUAUUAUUGGCUCUUGUGCGGUCCAACAAAACGUCCUCCCAAAUCUUGUGGUUUUAUAAAGGUCCUAUAAAGGUUUUAUAAAGUACUUUGCUGCUUUCACCACAAGCGGUGAACAGGAGUGGUCGUGAGACAGUUUUGGUUUCGUUAGUGUGCUCCACCAGGGGGCGCCAGAGAUCAUUCAGGCCUUCUGACAAGAGUAUAUCCUUUAUUUAGUGGUGUUGAAUCUGAAAGCAUCAGCAUUUGGCAAGACAAAAACAGGGAUGGUGGAACACUCAGAGUCACAGCAGUUUGAAUAUAAGGGCUUCACUAAAUCAUAAGAAACAUAGCUGCUGUAUAAUUAUGAGGAAGUAAGGGCUUUUAUGUCUGUCCAUGUUAAGAGUUUGAACUGAGUCCAACAAAAAAUUACCACAAUGUAAAAAUUAUGAUCAGUAUGUUCUAGAUUAUCAGCUUUGAGACUUUAACAUUUUCAGUAAAUAACCUCCGAACUUCCCCUUGUAUUUGAAGAUAAUGCUCUUUUUAUCGUCACAGUUAUGACAUGCUAUUUUUGGAGGGUAGAAACAUGCAUUCUCCUCAAAAUACUUACUUGUGGUGAUACAGAGCUGCACCUACUGAAGAAACAGAGCCCUGGAGAAUAAAUACCAUAAUUAGAUACACAAUAAUGGCCUCCUCUUGUGGUCAUCUAUUAUUUAUGCAACAACAAAAUGUCAUGGUAGGUUUGAGCAGUCCAACAAUCUGUGUACUUGCUGAGGCUUAGUCAAGGUUAAGGGUUUCCGCAUUAUUGUCACCGUCAAUACAAAAGCGGAUUGCACAAUGAAACCCUGCUCAUAUUUUAUGUGUUUUCAGGGCAGCGCUGUUUGGGCCUUUCUGCUCCUGGCUUGGGGAAGUGUUGGGGGUUGAACUGGAGCCCACUGUGGAUAUUUCCUGUGCCAAAUAUGAACACACAGGUAGGCUUUAUUUUAUUUUAUUUAUUUUUUGAUCCUGCAAAGAGGGGCUGUUAUAUUUCCAAUUUUUGAUGAGUCACCUAAUCAAAGUUUUCCCUUUUUAUAUACACAACAUUCUCCUUUGUUUCUAGAUGUUCUUUUGUGUCAUGAUGAUGAAUUGGAGGGGCGGCGCAUUGCUUUUAUCCUGUAUCUCGUGCCUCCGUGGCAGAGCAGUGACGGUGGAACCCUGGAUCUUUACACAACAGACAGCAAGUAUUCCACAGUGUGUGUGUGUCUGUGUGUGUGUUUUGUAUAUAUUUUCUCUGUGUAAUCUUCAUCUUUAUUUUUGUCAGGUAAUUUACAGCCUCAAAGCAUCGUCAAGUCUCUGGUUCCCUCUUUGAACACACUUGUCCUUUUUGAAGUCUCUCCAGUCUCUUUUCACCAGGUGGGAGAAGCCCCUCCUUUUUUCCUGUAGUUGAAAACACAGAACACCACCUGUGAUUGCAGAUUGAAAGCAUGAAAUGUUUUGUUGUUGUUGUUUUUGUUCAGGUGUCAGAAGUUUUGGCACAAGACAAGUGUCGCCUCUCCCUGAGUGGCUGGUUUCAUGGACAGUCUUUGGAUCGGCCCCCUCGCCACAUAGAGCCUCCUGUGCCGCGAAACCCGCACCUACCAAGAGAUGUAAGUGUGGUGAAAGAUGUCAAAGAUGUUUACACCUAUAUUUGACUGAGUGAAAUCUCGACACAGUUUAAUUGCUGAUUCACUGUUACCGGUUACUAAGCUUAGCAGAACAGCUUGAAAAUGGAAAAUGGCCUUUUUGCAUCUGAAGGCAACACAAUCUACCCAACAGGAGUUUUAUCCUUGUAUUUUAUACUGAUGUGUUAAAAAUAAUAUUGAAGUUUUGUGGGAGGUUAUCUUAGGGCCUCUCUCUUGUCUGGUAGCAGUAACUUCCUUGGCUAGGCUCUAAUUGUUGACGUAACACUGGAAUUCUGAAUACAAAGAAAGUUCAUACUUUAUAAAGACCAUGUGUACAAAACCUUGUGCAAUUUUAUGUUAAAGGAAACGUUGCUGUUUGAAUGGAUCAACCCAGUGUACCUGGACAUAUCUUACCAGGAGCAGGUUCAGGAGGAGUUUGAGGACAGCUCUGAAAUCCAGCUCAAAGAUUUUCUGAAGGUAACUUCUGACUCAAUUUCUCUCCCUUGAAUGUGUCCACUCUUGUAUGUUGUCUCAUGACAGCUCUGUCAUACAGGAGGACAAGUUUAGGGAGGUGAGUGAAGCGCUGAGACUCUCUCAGAUCCAGUGGACGAAGAGAGGUCCGCCCAAUAAGAGGUGUGUCGUACUUCACAGAUCAUUUUAACAGUAUAUACUUGUUUUUGUCUUAUUUCAAGAUCCUGAUCAGGUGUCUUGUGCAUUUAGGUGCUAUGAAACUGCUUCUCUGGAUACUCUGCCGCAGUGUGUGAGUGCAUGCUGGGAGCUUCUUCAUUCAGAGGCCUUUUUUCUGCUUCUCUCCAACUUCACCGGCCUGCGACUUCACUACCUGUGUCCUAAUGAUGAUGACGAUGAGGAAAAAGAUCAAGUAAAUCAAGAGAAGAAUGAGAAUGAGGGGGAACAAAGUAGAGAAGCAUCAGGAUCUGCAACUGGAACAUCAUCAAACAUGAGCACAGAGAAAGGUGUGGGUCAGUAUGAGCUGAUCUUCUCAGCCACCAUUGUCGUAUUUGUUUUGAGUUGUGUUUGUUCUUCAGAGCCAAGAACUCCUGUAUGUUGUGGUGAGGUACGUCGAUGGUCUCAUGGAAGCUACACUCUGCUACACGAUGGAGAGGCAUCCCAAGCAGAGUAUGCUUUAGAUCUUGUUUUGCCUUUUGGUUGUGCUGGUGAGUCUGCAAACACACACACACACACACACACCCACACACACACACACACACACACACACACACACACACACACACACACAGAAAUACACUCAAAAAUUAGAGUGAGAACACUGUCAAUCAAUAUCUGGACCUCAUGAAACUUUGUCUUUCAUAGAUUGGCAGUCAGAGUUUGGGGGCUUCACAUGUUAUGUUGCUAAUGAAGAGGAUGAGGAGGUGAGUAUUUGACACGUGUGAGUAUAGUACACGUAGUACACGUGUGACCAGUACUACAAUAUUUAUUCACAUCAUUGUUUCGUUUUCUUCCUCACAGCUUCUAACAGUGUAUCCAGAGGACAACUCUCUUGCUCUUGUCUAUAGAGACAAAGAAACCCUCAAAUUUGUCAAGCAUGUCAACCACAACAGCUCUGGCACUUCUACUCGCCGUGAACUGUAUGACUUCUCUUUUGUGUAUUAUGAAUAAAUUAUAUUAUCCGUA